ACGCAUGCGCAAAUCCAUUUUCCUCCUUGACCCUCUUCGAGUCUCAAUAAAGUUUGCGUUCUCGUGGUUUAUUUUGUUUCUUCUCGUUUUUGUUUCCAAGAGCCCCGCCUGUUCCUUGCACUUCCGGUUCAGUCGGUGUGUGGGGGGUGGGCCCGUCUGGGAUGGUCCUGACGGCGACAGCGGCUGUCCUUGGCGUGGGAGCAGCGACUUGAUGGUCUUUCCAGUACUUAUAUUUUAGAUUGAAGCUAGCACUAAUGCUAACAUUGGCAAGCAAACUGAAACGGGAUGAUGGUGUCAAGGGCUCCCGUACUUCCAACUCCACUUCUGAUUCUACUAGAAGAGUGUCAAUUAGAGAUAAAUUGCUUGUUAAAGAAGUUGCUGAACUUGAAGUAAAUUUACCUUGUACAUGUGAAGUGAACUAUCCUGACCCAAAUAAACUCCAUUUCUUUCUUCUAAUUAUAAACCCAGAUGAAGGCUAUUAUCGAAAUGGAACAUUUCAGUUUGAAAUAGAGGUUCCUGAUGCCUAUAAUAUGGUUCCUCCAAAGGUAAAAUGUUUGACAAGAAUCUGGCAUCCAAAUAUAACUGAGACAGGGGAAAUCUGUUUGAGUUUAUUAAGAGAACAUUCUAUUGAUGGUACUGGCUGGGCUCCCACUAGAACCUUAAAGGAUGUUGUUUGGGGAUUAAACUCUUUAUUUACUGAUCUCUUGAAUUUUGAUGAUCCUUUAAAUAUUGAAGCUGCAGAACAUCAUUUACGUGACAAGGAGGACUUCCGAACUAAAGUUGAAGAUUACAUUAAGCGCUAUGCAAGAUGAUGAUGGGAGAUGGGUAGCAAGGCCAUGAACCGCACCUUGAUGUUUUCCUAAAACCACCACCACCAAAAAAGAGGGUUUUUUGUCUUGUGUUCAUGUUAUUUUGAUAAAGAAAACAAUCCUCUUUGUUAAAUGAAAAGAUUGUCCAUACAGCAAGAAAAUGAUCUAUGUUGGCUACAAAAAAUUGUUUAAUUUUCAACAGUCUCCUUUUGAAAUUGUACCAUAUAUUCAGAAGCGAGAUCUUGAUAGUAAAGAGAAAGCCCUGUUAAGAUCAUUUAUUCAUUUCAAAUUUUUCUUAAUAGCUAGUACGGAAUAUUUAAGUAUGGCAAUAAAUAAAUGUGGGCCAAAAUUGAAAUAACAUGUCAUGCAUUAUAUUGAGUGCAUAUGUUAGCUCUGCCUACUGUUGCUGUUAAAUUUGAAAUUGCUGAUACUGGUUCAUUUUUUAUCUACUGUGUUAAAUUUGCAUUUACUGUGCAAAGCACUUAUUGAAACCAAGGCUGAGUCUGAACACAUAUAAAUACAGUGUAUUUCUUUUGAAAAAUAACUAUUUAACAUGCAAAUGUAAUGAAAGGUAUAAUACUUUUAAAAUACCUUUAGUUUCUGGUGUGGAGAAUUGAUAGUUCAGAUUAUUAUAAAACAACGUAAUUUUAAUUUUCUGGUAUCAAAGCUUUAGUAAAAAGCUAAUCCUUGAGAUCAAAUUAAUGCUGACUGUAACUUAAUUGCAACACUGUAAGAAGUCAAAUUUUUCAGGAUAAACAUGGCAUAAAAAACUUUGAAUAUAACCUCCGGUAGCUCUAUCUCAUGUAAAGUAUGUAUGAAUUGCAAAACCAUUUGGGUUGAGUAUAUACUGUGCGGGUAUAUUUAAAAGCAGAUGCUACAUUCAAUAUGUACUUCAUAUUUUAUCUUAACUCUUUUUUGACACAAUGGUCAUUCAAAACAGUGAGAAUCAUCUCCCUCAAAUAAUUUAAAAUUAAAUUAUUGCCAAAGUAGACACAAAUAAAUGUUUGUUUAGUUUCAUACACAUUGUGUGCAUAAUAUUUCUGCCUCAACUUUUUUCAUAUAGUAGAAGAAUCUUAUUAGGUCCUUCUGUAAUUUCCCAAACCUUCAAUUUAAUGGUGUCAUUGGGAGAAAGGUGUGUAUAAAAGCAGGACGUCUGCUGAUUCUGAAUAGAAUUUUACCUAUGCAUAUUUUAUGCAUUUUU